AUGGCUUCUCGUUUUGCUCUUAGUUUACUCUUCUCCAUACUCGUUGCAACGUCGUUUUGUUCCGCGGUAGCGGGCGGCGAUGCCGGCGAAAAUGACGAUCUUUUGAUCCGUCAAGUCGUUGACCAAGGAAAUGCUAACGAUCAUAAAUCUUUGACCGACGAUCAUCAUUUCGCGAUCUUCAAGAAGAAGUUCGCAAAGGCGUACGCCACCAAGGAGGAGAACGAUUACCGGCUCUCAGUGUUCAAGGCUAACAUGCGCCGCGCCAGGCGCCACCAGAAGCUCGACCCCUCCGCCGUCCAUGGUGUUACUCAGUUUUCGGAUCUCACUCCCAAAGAGUUCCGUAGACAGCACCUCGGCGUCAACCGUCGCCUCCGCCUACCCGCCGAUGCUAACAAGGCGCCGAUCCUUCCUACUAAUGAUCUUCCUACUGACUUCGAUUGGAGAGACCAUGGUGCCGUUACGCCAGUCAAAAAUCAGGUUAGUUUAGCUUAG